UCGGACGCUAGUUGGCGUUGGUCGGAGGUGUAUAAAUUCCCUCUCGGUUCCUGGUCUGGUCAUUGCCGGUGUUUCCAUUCUGACGAUCUGACGAACACACAACAAUGAAGGUUCUGUGUAUCCUCCUUGUCGUAGUCGGAGCGGCCGUGUGCGAAGAGGCAGGCAAGCUGGCCCGACGGCAAGAGGAGUAUGUCUGCCCCCCAACAGAACAAUCCUUCGGUUACAUGAGCUUCUGUGCCUGGGAUCCCUGCGAGAUGUUUGCUGAUGAGCCUUGUGCUGACGUCCCUGGCGCUGUCUGCAAAUUCGACGUGUGUCCCAACCAUAACUGUAUUCCCAUGUUCUUUGUGGACAAGCACUGGGUGGAAUGCGAAGACACCGUCUAUCGAGAGUACUGAGUCUAACACAUCGUCUCUAUGUUCCACAUAUUACAAAGGCUGAUAUUUUCUUGGUGUUGUAUACAUACUUUCCAUAUAUAUACGUGUAAUUUAUGUCAUAUUUCUAAUAAAGUGUAUAGAUUGUU